UGAACACUACCUUUUAUCGUAUUUGCGUGGAAAAAGCGAAUUUGUAAUACUCAAAAUUGUGUGAGUUGCUGCAGCAUCACCGAAUUUUCAGUCAGGAUUUGUGCUGUUAUGGAUAAUUUAGAAGAAGACCUAACCUGCUGUAUUUGCUAUGCUAUUUUUGAAGAUCCCCGUGUGUUACCAUGUUCUCACACUUUUUGUCGAGGCUGCUUAGAGAAUGUUCUCCAUGUAGCAGACAGUUAUUCAAUAUGGAGACCCCUGAGAGUUCCACUUAAGUGUCCGAACUGUAGAACCGUUGUAGAACUCCCACCAUCUGGCAUUGAGUCACUGCCUGUAAACUUCUCCUUAAGAGCUAUCAUCGAAAAGUACCAAAAGGAGGACCAUCCAAAAACUUCUACUUGUCCUGAGCAUCCUAGGCAGCCUUUAAAUGUUUUUUGCAUCCUAGAUCAAAAGUUGGUCUGUGGCUGUUGUCUUACAAUUGGCAAGCACCAGGGUCAUCCUAUAGAUGAUCUUGAAAGUGCUUAUAUUAAAGAAAAGGAGACCCCUGGGAAACUUCUUAAACAAUUAACUGACAAAAAAUGGGCACAUGUGUGUGUACUUAUUGAAAUGCUGGAACAUCAAAAAGACCAACAUAAACAGGUUGUGCAGAAAGAUAUUGAGGCAGUAGAAGAGUAUUUUGCAGAUUUAAACAAGUCUUUACUGCAGAAAAAGGAAUCUAUGAUAAAUGCUUUAAAUGAAAUGUCAGGCAAAAUUGCUAAGGAAUAUGCACCACUGAUUGAAAAGAUUAAGUCCGUACGGGAAGAACAACUAGACUUAAUUUCUUUUAGUGCAUCUGUUGAAGAGGAGGAGUCUCCUUUGUGUUUUCUGGAAAAAGUUAAUAUCUAUCGUCGACGUGUAGAAGCUCUGAAGAGAAUGCAACUACCCCAAAUUAGACCUUUAGAAAUUUGCCCGUCUCUAGAGGAGUUUCUGAAGGACAGUUGGUCCAAAAUUGCAAUUGGGCAGAUGGACAAAGCACCUUUACCAGAUGUUAAUUAUUUGAAACGAUUGCAGUGCAGCCUAAAUGUUUCACAGAACCGUGCACAAACAUUCAAGUCUCCUGGGCAGUGUGCAAGUCCUUUUGUUAUAGUUUUGUUUUUAUUAAUACUUAUAUUUGCAGUAGGCAUUUUCUUUAACAAAAACAUUGCUCCGCUGACCCUGUUUAACAAUGCAAGUUACAUAAUUUUCCAUUUCUUGGAAGUAAUACAAAAGUAUAUAUGUGAAUCAUGCAGCAAGUUGCAUUUAGCAAAAACGCACCUUUUCCACAUGUUCCACUGGCUUGAGGACUGUUGUCAGAAGUACUUCUAUGCUUAAAUGUCUUCUGUGUUACUAGGGCAUGAUGAUGGUUUUGUGUAUUAAGGCUUUAUUUUUUAGCUGCUUAUUAAAAGCAGUGAUUAUUUCUUGAUGUGGACCUGUAAAAGAUAACUUACCCCUUCCUCUUAUAAGUAGUCUGGUAUCAACAAUAUUAAUGUCUCACUGUCCAUUUAUGGUACUUACAGACAGACACAAUGCACUUUGCAGCCAAGUUAAAAUAGGCUGGAGUGACAUCAGGUCUUUCAGUGGGGAAAAUUCUUUUACUAUGCCUGGUUGUUCUGUUUGUGGUCAGUCAGUUAUGAUCAGUCAUUUGACAUGGUAGUGUGUUUUAACUAGUGAUGUUUGCCAGUUUGCCAAGCACUAUAAGAUAAGGUAUUUAUGCAGCUUCUCCUGUGUUUGUGCUGUUAAACAACAAUAUCCGCUACAUCAUUUGCCCCGGAUAUCUAGUUCCUGUCUGACGUAUACUGCAAGAAAGAAAUACAGUUGACAGAAAAAAGCAACUGUUUGGCCUGCUCACACCUCACUUUUCCAUUUUUGUUUUUGCUCAACUGUGUAACCAGGAAUCAGAUCCAUCCCUGCUAGUAAUUGAAUCUAGUUUCUUAUUCUCAGUCCAUGUAUAUUUGGCAGCUUGCCCCUCUGCAUUUGCACAACACCAUGAAAUUGCUCUCUGACUUGAAAUGCAAGUAGUGAACUGUGAGUUCUGCUGCAUCAUUGUAUGUAAAACAACACAUCUGUGUUUAGAUUAGAGACUUGAUCUGUGUAGUGCUUUGCUGUACAUACUUAUGGAACACAUGAGCUUUUAAAGUUUUUAUUCUAAUUGUAACUUUUAAGAUUCUUAUAUCUCCUAAAUGGCAUUUUGAAAUGCCCUUUUCUCCAUAUAAGCUCUUAAGAUACAUUCAUGUAAUUCAUUGAAUAAGUUUUUAAUGUCUUAAUGUUGAUUUGAAUAAACUAAAGUUAGAGAUGAAAAUGUACACUGAUAGUUACUCUUGUGGUCUACACUCAGGUUCCUACAAAAAGCCCCUUUAUAGAGUUAUGUAACAGCCAGAAAUGCUUCCCCACAUUUUCUCCUAGCUUGUACGCCUUCUGUGAUCUUUGAGGGUGUUUUUUGCCUAUCUACCGAAAUAAGAGGUGUAGUGGUCCUGAUUGCUAAGCACCAGCCACUAGAAGGGUGCUGUGCUGCACUGUCACUUACAUGCUGUGCUUCUAAAGCAUUAUAUGUCUGAACUCUGCAGAUGGAGAGCCAUUUUCCAUGUAUUACCUGUUGUCCAUCCAGCCAAAACUCUUUAUCUGAAGUAGGUUACUUCAUUUGGUCUUCAACCUGUGGGUAUUCAGAUCCAGAUCGGAUCCGAGACGGCCACAUCACUUGCACCUGAGCAGAGCUCCAAGCUCCUCCCCUUGCCCAUAAUGCCCCUCUAUCUCCUUCCUUCCCUCAGAUCUCGUUUGCCAAUGAAAAGCUACGCAUCAUGGUUGCUGAGCUUUCAGGCUUAUCGUUGGGUAAGUGACAGUUUUCUCUACAGGUGUAGGGUUCCCCUACUUUCUUUUUCAACCUCCCCUACCUCGCGUUUUAGUCGUAGGUCAUUAAAAAAAGGGGGGGUUAGUGUGGUAGUUCCCCCUUCACCUCCCCACUACCCCUUCUUGUUAGUGAGUGUGUGAUUGGUGUGUGUGUGUGUGUGUGUGUGUGUGUGUGUGUGUGUGUGUGUGUGUGUGUGUGUGUGUGUGUGUGUGUGUGUGUGUGUGUCUUAGUGUCUUAUUUCCCAAGCAUGGCUGAAACCCCCUAGCCUAUUUUUCGGAAAUGCAUGGAAUGUGGCCAUAAGCUCUCCCCCAGCUGAAGGCCACACUCUGUGCGUAGUGUGUUUAGUCCCGACCCAUCUAUUCACAGCCUGCUUUAUUUGCGUGGGCUUUAAUCCUAGGGCCCUGAAGGACGGGAGGGAUAAACUAAUUAUGAAAGGGCUUCUUUCCUUAUCAGGGAUGGCCAUCCCCAUUACUUCUAGCCCGGCCACGUCAGUAGCCACUACUGCUUCAUCCCCUUCCCAGGCCUCUGGGACUCAACCUCCCACCAUGAGGCCUGCGGAUGGGGAGAAAUCUAAAAAAGACAGAGGAAGCGAACCCUGGACCACUCGGCUCUGAUGGGUCCUCCUCCAAAGACCUCUUCUAGGCCUAAUACUCCCCGGCUCCAUUCACCCAGAUUCCUCCCCGGAGCCGGUGGUGUCCAGACCACCGUCUAGAGCAUCUCCUCACUGGCACUCCAGGCCAGCAUCGGUGGCCUCAUCUUCACGUUCUACACGCAGUUUCAGCGAGGUGGAGAUGGAUAGAAUGAUGUGGAAAUUUAUCCACACCCAGAUCAUUUGAGAGUCUUACCAGACCCCUCUCUCUUCAGAGCAGGGAGUUCACAACCCUUAUUCACCCCAUAACUCCUUCCCCGAGCUGACGUUUGGUUUUGGAGUCUUUGGAUUUGAGAAGUCAGGGGGUUGGUGCCGAUGCCGGCUGUUGCCUUGAGUGUGUCGGAUUAGACUAGUUUGGAUUCGACCGCUUGGAGCCAUAGCCUAGGCGUCUGAUCCAAGGGGGCGCUGUCGGCUCCGAGUUUGUCAGACCGCAGUCUCCCCCUUGGCAUUCCGGCUACUGUGGGUUGGCUCUGACUCCGUUGGAUCUGAGAAGAGCGGCUCCCUUGCUUGUUUCCCAGGAUGCCUGCUCUCCUUCGGCAUUUGCCGUGGUUGAGAGGGUCUUUGAGUGGGUCAAGACCCCUGACAGUUUCCUCCUCUGAUUCCGCCCCCACUCCCUUGGUUCUGGGUACGGCUCUGACUCUUCUGUCAUGUCAGGGACAGCCUGUGCUUGUUUUGCCUCAGGAGGCUCCAACUCGGAUACAGCAGGAAGUUUGCGAGUCCUCCCCACAGUGUCCCACUGAGGAGGUACCUCGCAAAUGAACAUGCAAAAAGAGGCACCUGGACUCCUCUCUAGAGUCCCUCACAGAUGACACUGACUUGGAGGAAGGGGAAGGUUCCCCCAGAUCACCCUCCCCGAGGAGGUCUCCUUUAGAGACAUCAUGGAACUCUUGCGCCAAAGAGGAGGGUGGUCCACCCAAAAACCAACUCCAGAUGAGUCAAUGUUCCUAGAGGCAUUCGGAAUGGGCUCGUCUACCUCCUGGUUGUCCCCCCUGCGGAUCCACUUGUGGACCUGAUCACCACCAGGGCAUGCAAGGAACCGGACACCGUGGAACCUAUCCCAAAAAGGCCAGACAAAGGUACUCUGCUCCCCACCAGACAGGACUAGCUGGAGUAAGGGGUCCUCAGUAGACGCUAUGGUGGUGGCAGCCAGCACCAAGAAAGAGCUCGCACACGAGAGCUCUACAGUCCAUCCUCCUGACCGGGAGUUAAGGACUAUGGAUCGUUUGGGGAAGAGAGUAUAUGCUUCAGCAACCUUUUCUAUAAGGGCACUGAAUUAUAUAUAUGGAGCAUGUUAUCUGAUUACAGAGUGUCCUGGUCAAGGAAGUCGCUGAGUCGCCCCUAGAGUCCAUGUCGGUGGAGGGCAAGAAAACGUUCUCUGGAUGCAUGGCCACUCUGAAAGGUCGUCAGUACAUCCAUGUGUCUCCUCUCCCAUGCCACGGAAGGUGCUGCUAGGGCUGCCAUGUCCGGCAUUGCUAUGAGGCUGCACACCUGCCUUCGGCUAUGCUAGUUUUCGGAACCCUUCGGGGCAUCCUUUGCCAAUGCCCCCAUGAUGAUUCUUCCCUGUUUGGGGAGUGUGUGUGUGAGACCCAGGUCCAGAAUGAGAAGGAUGGGAAGACGCUGUCUGCCAUCGGGAUCCGCUUCUCCACCCCUCAAAGAUCCUUUUCGAGAAAUCAUCGAGAGGCAAAGAUGAUGUGGUUCCAGAAAUCUCAGUUCUCUCGGGACACUCAGGACUCAUCUUCCCCCAGAGGCAGAUACUGGAUCUGGGAUACGAUAGAUGUUGGCGCAGAGGCAGAGAGGGUCUGAAGAACGUCUGGUCUUGAGAACCUUUCUCGGACAGACCUGCACAGCAGCCCUCAGGGGCUGCCCGACUGCUUAUCUCUCGAGGCAGUCGGGGGCCGUCUUUCAUUACAUCCAACAGAGUGGGAGUCCGUAACAACAGACCGUUGGAUGUUGCAAAUCAUACCCAGAGGUUAUACCAUCCCAUUUAUGGAUCCACCUCCCCCACCAAAACACCUCCCAGAUGUUCCACCCACGCAAAGGGAAGUAGCAGCACGAGAAAUAGAAAAGCUGCUAAGAAAGCGAGUCAUCC